UAUUUCUGUGUUUGUAAAUGUACAUGAUGUAGUUUGUAUGUGUGUUUGUGCGUGAAUAUCCUUAACUCCUUACUUUAAUGCAAAAAAAAAACAAAAAAAAAACAGCAAUUAUUGAUAUUCCUUCUUGAUAUGAUCCGAUUUGGGAUGAAAUGUACCGUUUCGGUAAACAGAAAAAAACUGGCUGGCUAGCUACUCUGUGCUUACUUCUUAGCUAGCUCCUGCUAGCUCACUGCAAAAAAAAAAAAAAAAAAAAAAAGAAGAAGAAAAAAAAGGAUAUAUGUCUUUAAAUAGCAGAUAAUCGUGUACCAAGGCUCUGAUGUCACAUAUAAUGUUCCGCUAGUCAGCUACUACGUAAGGGCUGUUAGGUUAUGUUACACAAACUAGCCAGUCAUAUUUGCUUGCUUGCUAGCAUCUCAGCUUUACAGACAAACCAAGUACAACUUUAGCUUUUGCCUGAAAUCAGCCACGUGGAUACAGGAAGUUCAGACCAUAUAACGUAGACGUCAUAAUUGUUUACCAGAAAGAAAUUGGUAUUUUUAAAAAAUAAGUUUUUGGUCAUUGGAAAUGUUCGCUUGCUUGUCUGUAAACAAAGCUAGCUAGAGAUACAGUGAUGGCUUUCAUUGGAAAAACAAAACAAAAGAUGAACAGCUAGCUAGCUUGGAAAUAAAAUUCAAAAAAUGAGAUGUUCAAAAAUGCAGAAUGAAACCUAGCAUUAACGCUAGCUAGCUAGCUAAGUGCUGCGAGAGAGCAGUGUUUAGCUAGCUAGAAAACAUUACAGUCCACUCGCUGCUUUCUUACACGCUGACGGUGAAUUUUUCGGGUUAAAAACGUGUAUGUGGAGAACGGAGAGAGGGAGAGAGAGAGGAUUACAGGAUUAUACACGUCAGAUAACGCCCCAGCAGCUGGAAGUUCUAUUCAGUACCCGUCAUUUGGCACAUUAUUUUAAAAACGUAUGCCUGAAGUAAGAAUAUCGUAUCGGUUCAUAUGAUCAUAACAUUUUCUCACGGUUUACAGUUUUAUUAUGAGUAUGUACGUUUUUAAAAACGAUUACGUUUACACUGACCAGCUUCUUUCUUUUUUAAUCCAUAAAAUAACUCUUGGCAUGAUCUCUUAACCUCUCCAGCAAAUUAGCUAAAGUCUGACAGCGUAGCCAGUCGCUAGUCUUACUCAUCUGCUAGCUAACGACAUCCGGACCGCAGCUAACCGACUGUUUAGCUAACUGACGCUAGUUAGCGAGUUGCAUCAGCACAGUCAGGUUGUGAUAUGUUAGCUAGCUAGUUAUAUUCACUCGCUAGGUGUGUUCUCGGCGUAAAGGCAAACAAAGCAGAACUAUUUUUUUGACUGUUAGCUCUUGUAGCAAAGAACGAGCUGGCUAAGAACGGUAGCUAGCACACAUCUGUGAACAGAUGAAGUUAUUUUGAUUCAAAUUGAAACUUGAAGUUCAAUUAAGAUUUGAUUCAACUUGUAAUAAGUUGUUGGGGUUUUUUUUAAAAUCCCUAAAAAUAAUAUUGUGUCCAAAGUUAAAGUGAGAGAAAACCCCUAAGUGAAGAGGAAAAUUAUUCCUCAAAAUAUCCCUUGCUGAAUAAGUUUGUAAACAUUUCUGAGAAAGAUGUAAAAAUCUGCCCUGUACAGCUCCAGGAUCAGUCACAACCGGAAUAAAUAUUAAUAUUCAAUAUUCAAAUAAAAAUAAAACAAGCAACUCUAUCCAGGCAGAGAAUUCAAAAGACGGUAAUAAAAUAGGAUGAAAAGUAAACGGUACAUAUUUUCCCGACGCCCUCACAGACCUGACGCGUGUACCUGUGUGUUUUUCACUUUUAUUAAAUUAAUGUAUCCAAUUUUUAAAGUAAAUCUGUCUCUUUGUAUAGUUUAAAAAACCCUUUUUUUUGUUUUGUUUUUUUUAAAGUUUUGAUGUGCUUUUUCGGUGUAAUGUUUAAAACAAUAAAAUAAUAAUAAUAAAAACAAUUCCAUACAGUUAAAUGUAUUUUUAUUUAACAUAUUUUCUUUUCUUAUUUUUCCCACACGGAAAACACAUUUUAUGCGAACGAGCCAUUCGUCGAACAUCUUUGGUCACAAAUUCGUUAAAUCGGCCGCCGCAGACCACGUCGUAUAGACCAAUCGGGUCUCACGAAUUUGAAUGAUUAAUUUUUCCCCGGUGAAAUUCGUUGGGGGUCUG